AUGACGCAGACUGAUGGAAGCGUCGUUGAUGAGAAUUCACCUCUCGUGUCACCGACGAAGGCGAAUGAUGAGGUGGAAGCUCUGACUGGAAAUGGCUCUGCGGACCGGAACGUUCUGGACCAGACGUCCAAAAGCAGUUGGUAUCUAUUCAUAUUGACUCUCAGCAUUGGAGGUCUCCAGAUUGUCUGGUCUGUAGAGCUUUCUCAUGGAUCGCCAUAUCUUUUAUCUCUGGGGAUGAGUAAAGCCCUUCUCGCCUUCGUGUGGGUCGCUGGUCCUCUUACCGGUACCCUCGUCCAGCCCUAUAUUGGUAUCCGAAGCGACAACUGCCGCAUCUCAUGGGGCAAAAGGAAACCAUUUAUGGUGCUUGGUGGGCUCGCCACGGUGACCUGUCUACUGGCUCUUGCUUGGGUGCGGGAAAUCGUGGGUGGUUUCCUUGGUAUCUUUGGCGUUCAGCCCGACGCAAUAAAAAUAACGGUCAUUGUUAUCGCGACGAUUCUGAUGUACUGUCUCGACUUUGCUAUUAACACAGUUCAGGCGGGCAUAAGGGCUUUCAUCGUUGACAAUGCCCCAGCUCAUCAGCAGGAAUCAGCAAAUGCCUGGGCAAGUCGACUCACUGGUGGGGGUAAUAUUUUGGGAUACAUCCUAGGUUACCUAGACCUGCCAAAGAUAUUUCCAAUCUUUGGAAACACACAGUUCAAGGUACUCUGCGUGAUUGCAAGUAUCGCUCUCGGAAGCACAUUGUUGAUCAGCUGCACCUACAUCCAAGAGCGGGAUCCGCGGCUCGAAGGGCCACCGGCAUCCGACAAUCCUGGUCUUCUCUCCUUUUUCAAGCAAGUCUUCAAGUCUAUACGUCAGAUGCCACCACAGAUUCGCAAAGUCUGCGAAGUUCAGCUGGCGGCGUGGGUUGGAUGGUUUCCCUUUCUGUUCUAUUCGACCACAUACAUCGGACAGCUCUAUGUCAACCCUAUCUUCGACCAACAUCCGAACCUGUCUGAGGAUGAAAUCAAUAAGGCGUGGGAGGAGGCCACAAGGGUCGGCACGUUUGCUCUUCUGGUUGAUGCGAUUAUUUCCUUUGCGGCCAAUGUCAUCUUGCCGCUGCUGGUGGUCCCUUCGUACAAACGGAUUGAUGUUCCGGUUGAUAUUGUCCCGGAUAACCCGCCUGAAGAAUCCGAACCGGCAUUACCUCGAAGACCUUCACUCUCGAGUAUGCCGGUUGGCACCUCCUCAGAACCCCUGCUCGAGGCCCACCGCAGCAGCAACAGCAGCAAGAGCGUCGACAGCAGCGAGGAAUGGAACGUUCUCUCCAAGCUUCAAAUCCCCGGCCUGACUCUGCGGCGCACUGUGGUGAUCGGGAUUGUCGGCAUUUCUUGGGCUGUCACACUCUGGGCGCCUUUUGCUCUGAUCUCGGCAGAAGUCGCGCAGCGUGAUGCUGAGCGGCGGCUCCAGCGUCACCAAGCUGAAUUGGCGGAAUCUCGUGGUCAACGGUACACUUCAGUAAAUGGCACGCAAAGCGCUGGUCUGACAGAAAGCGAUGAUGUCGAGGCUGGUGGGAUUUCGGAUGGCGUCACGCCAGUCACUGAAGAAGCGGAUGCCGCUGAUCAAGCCGGUAUCGUUCUUGGCUUGCACAACGUGGCGGUCUCAUUUCCGCAAUUCCUCUCAACCCUGAUCAGCAGCGCUAUCUUCAAAGCACUGCAGAAACCGCGGGGAGAGCCUUGGGACGACAGUGUGGGAUGGGUGUUGAGAUUCGGAGGGUGUGCUGCCUUGGUUGCCGCUUACUUGACGAAGAGACUGCAAGAGAAAGGCAGCAAAUGA